GGGGAGCUGAGCCAUCGAACACCGCUCACUCGGGCAGUGCCGAGGGCAGACACAGUCCCGCGCCCAUGCCCGGGGCCUCCCGCCCGCGGGCCGCGCGGAGAUGAUGGCCAUGGACGCCAAGCAGCCCUUCGCCGUGCCCGCCGCCCUCCAGGACCCCAAGUUUCCCAGCCUGCACGCCGGCGCCGAGGCGAUGCGCAGAGUUUGCCUCCCGGCCCCGCAGCUGCAGGGCAAUAUAUUUGGGAGCUUCGAUGAGAGCCUGCUGGCCCGCGCCGAGGCGCUGGCGGCCGCGGACAUCGCCCCCCACGCCAAGGCCCACCACCUCCACCCCCACUUCAAGCCGGACGCCGCCUUCCACGCCAUGAGCGGCGUCCCCUGCGCCGCCGCCGCCCUCCCGCACCCCGCCGCCCUCACCGCCCACCCGCACCCGCUCCCGCACCCGGCGCUGGACGGCGGCGACCUGCUGGAGCACCUCUCGCCGUCACUGGCCGUGGCGGGGCUGGCCGAGCCCCCCGCGCUGCCCGCCCCGCUGCCGCCGCCGCCGCUGCCCGGCGCCGCCGCGGGACCCCUGCCCGUGCCUGUGGGCGCUCCGGGGGGUCCCGCGCCCGCCGCGGACCCGCGGGAGCUGGAGGCGUUCGCCGAGCGCUUCAAGCAGCGGCGGGUGCGGCUGGGGGUGACCCAGGCCGACGUGGGGGCGGCGCUGGCGGCGCUGAAGCUGCCUGGCGUGGGCUCGCUCAGCCAGAGCACGAUCUGCCGCUUCGAGUCGCUGACGCUGUCGCACAACAACAUGACGGCGCUGCGGCCGGUGCUUCAGGCCUGGCUGGAGGGCGCCGAGGCCGCCCGGCGCGCCCGCCCCGCCGGCCCCGACCCGCCGCCCGGCGCCGAGCGCAAGCGCCGGCGGACCUCGAUCGCCGCGCCCGAGCGGCGCUCGCUGGAGGCGUACUUCGCGCUGCAGCCUCGGCCCUCGGCCGAGAAGAUCGCGGCCAUCGCCGAGAAGCUGGACCUCAAGAAGAACGUGGUGCGUGUCUGGUUCUGCAAUCAGCGCCAGAAGCAGAAGCGCAUGAAGUACUCGGCGGUGCACUGACGGCGCGGCCCCGUGGACCCCGGGACGGGACGGACGGCCCUAAGCGCCCCCCGCCCCGCCGAGCCAGCCCGGACCCGCCGCCCGGCCUGGGACA